CUUCCUUUUCUGAUAUCCGGUUCAAGUAAUUGUUGCUGAAACGAAAUGGCGCCCCGCAAGGCUAAAGUGCAGAAGGAGGAGGUGCAGGUGCAGCUGGGUCCACAGGUGCGAGAUGGCGAAAACGUUUUCGGUGUUGCCCACAUCUAUGCCAGCUUCAACGACACGUUCGUGCAUGUCACCGAUCUGUCUGGUCGCGAAACCAUCGCCCGCGUCACCGGCGGCAUGAAGGUGAAGGCCGAUCGCGAUGAAGCUUCUCCUUAUGCAGCCAUGUUGGCUGCUCAGGAUGUCGCUGAGAAAUGCAAAUUGCUUGGAAUUACCGCACUGCAUAUCAAACUGCGUGCAACCGGUGGCAACAAGACAAAGACACCGGGACCCGGCGCUCAAUCGGCGUUGCGCGCCCUCGCGCGUUCCUCAAUGAAAAUCGGCCGCAUCGAGGAUGUUACGCCAAUCCCAUCCGAUUCCACACGCAGGAAGGGUGGUCGGCGCGGUCGCCGUCUCUAAAAAACAUCGCUCACUGUUAUGUUAUAAACAAAAAACAUAUAUGCACAUGCUAUGUAUUUUAUAUAUAGCGCUGACUCUUCUAUAUUUAUAUGUAGUAAUAAAUGAUUAAAACACGAACAGUAUAUAAGCACAUUAAAUAAAAAUAAUAAGGUCAAGGA